AUGGCGACUGAAUUUGACGACGUGCUAACGAACCAGCCUGUCGUCAUUGACAAUGGAUCUGGUACGGUAAAGGCUGGUUUUGCGGGGCAAGACACGCCCAAAUGCUUUUUCCCUACGUGUGUUGGUCGCCCCAAGCACACACGAGCGAUGGCAGGCGCCGUGGAGGGCGACCGGUUCAUUGGGCGUAAAGCGCAAGAGUUACGGGGACUGCUGCGGAUGAAGUAUCCGAUGGAGCAUGGUAUUGUUGAAGACUGGGAGGACAUGGAGCUGAUUUGGAAUCAUAUAUAUAAUGACGAGCUCAAGACGCUGUCGGAAGAGCAUCCCGUCCUGCUUACUGAGGCGCCGUUGAACCCUCGUGCGAACCGUGAGACAGCAGCCCAGAUUUUCUUCGAGACAUUCAACGUACCGGCCAUGUACGUGAGUAUUCAGGCGAUCCUUAGCCUGUACUCGUCUGGCCGCACGACCGGUGUGGUGCUUGACUCAGGUGACGGCGUUACACAUGCCGUGCCCGUUUACGAAGGUUUUGCUAUGCCGCACGCCAUCCGUCGAAUUGAUGUUGCCGGCCGUGAUGUAACCGAACAUUUGCAAUACUUGCUACGUCGCUCUGGCUAUUACCUGCACACAUCUGCCGAGAAGGAAAUCGUGCGAGCCAUGAAAGAAAAGUGCUGCCAACUUGCACUUCCUGGGCAUCAAGAUUCUCAUCAAGACAUGAAUCGAAUCAUGGAGUUCAGCUUGCCAGACGGUAAUACGGUCAAGUUAGGUUAUGAGCGGUAUCGUGCUCCUGAAUCUCUCUUCAAUCCCGAACUGAUCGGGCGAGAAGAUGUGGGUACGCAACAAGUUCUCCUAGAUGCCAUUGGACGUGCAGAUCUUGAUCUCCGAAGGCAUCUCUACGGUAAUAUUGUCUUGAGCGGUGGAACAACCUUAUUGCGCGGCUACGGCGAGCGUCUCUUGUAUGAGAUGAAACGCCUCGCACCGCCCGACAUGAAAAUCAAAAUUUCAGCUCCCCCCGAGCGCAAAUAUUCUACGUGGAUCGGAGGUAGUAUUUUUGCGGGACUGAGCACAUUUCGAAAGAUGUGGAUCUCAGCCGAUGCCUAUCAGGAGGACCCUGGAAUUAUUCAUCGCACAUUUUAG